AUGAUUAAGGAAAUUGGCUUUUUUUUUGUAAAAUCUUCUCUGGAUGUAGUUGUGUUGCAAAAUGUGACUCUGCAGGCGGGCGUGAAAGCUAUUCUUAAUGCACCACGGAGACAGUUGUUAUUUCAUGGUAAAUCCAGAGGAUCUGCUUUGACAAAUUUAUUGAUGGUAUUUCUAGAUGAAAUAGCAAGAGUUUUUAUUAUUUUAAUAUGUCAAAAUGAAAAUUUAAAUAAAGAACAUGUAAAGUGGGCACCAUAUUUGUCAUGCACUAUUGAUGGAUGGAUGGAUGAUUUUCAGCGAUAUACAUCUCAGGUAUUUCAUGAAGAAGAAAGAAAUAGGAAGGAACGAAUGAAUGAUGGCUCUAACUUUUUUUUUCGGGUUAUUAGCAGUAAAAAGAUGAUAUCAGAGUUUAUUGAGGAGAAAAUGGCUGUAAUAUGGGAAGUGGAAAUAUUUAUUCCAUUUCCUCGUUUACGUGUAACGGCACCUAAAGUGCAACUGAUUGCAUCGAUUACUGUAAAACCAGAGGUGUUGGUUAUGUCUCAGGAUGGGGGGUGUGAAGGAAAUGACGAUAUAUCUACAAAUAUUCUUGAAAGUCUUUCUUGUGAAACAAUGGUAUACGGUGUUACACCUUUUUUGUCUUUGUCUCGGAUUUCAAAUGUUUCACUUAUGUCAGAUAUUGAGCCUUCAUCGUCAAUCGAAACGUUACGGAAAGUUGUCAAAAAAGUUUUUGCAUGUGGAUCUGUUAUAAGUUUAAGAACGAGAUCUUCUAUGGUAAUGGUACCGAGUUUUCAAAGGAUAUUACUUUCUGUUGACAUUGAGUCUUGUUCUGCAAAUCAACUCCCUGUUUUAAUUGAAAAUAUUGAAAUUAAAGUUAAAGGGCGAGUUGCUCAAAGAAUUGAGAAUGGGGCAGAGUUUCCUAUUAUUCUUGCGUUUCAGGAACAGUUUUUGGUAUUGUAUUAUAUACCCUUUGAUCCUUCUAUUGAUCAAGGGAUAACGGAUCUUUUGGCACUCCCUGUAACGAUUUUUGUGAAGAUGAAACCUCAAAUAUUUGAUGGGGAAUAUAGUCUUUUGGUUAUGUCGCAAUGGUAUACGACUAUUCAUGUAUCAAAGGACCAAACUCGAGUUUCUCGUUAUCAGUCUGUCAUUCAAACAGAAGAUAGCGUUCCUGAUUCUAAUUCGCUUUUACAAAAACAUUUUGUUCAUGGAAAUAAUUAUAGUUUAUUAAGGUCUAAAAGUCCUGAACCUUCUGAUAUAAAAUCUCCAUUUUGGAAAAUUUCUCUUACUUUUACUGCUCCAAAAUGUGUUAAAAUAUGGAAAGUAUUUGAAAUAGAAAUUGUUUUAGUAAACCAAUCAAAUGUUUCUAAGGAUAUAUCUUUGUCUGUACUUUCAAAAACUCAGGAUGUUGAUUAUGGAGCUCUUCCUUCCGUUAUGGAGAAUGAUUCUCUUUUUAUAUUGGAAGAAAAAGCUGUUCAUGCUUUACAUAAACAGAUUUCUGUCGAGCAUGUUCAUAUAUUACCUCUUACAAACGAUAUACGCAUUCUCCCACUUAAUUCUUAUGGGUGUUAUUUUUCUUCUAUCUCUUUUAUUGCUAUUCGUGAGGGUCUUUUUUCACUUGAAGGAAUCCGUGUAACAGAUUUACAUACUGGUUCUUAUAUUGACUGUUGUUCUCUUCCUAGGAUUUUUGUUUAUUCAUAA